AUGGGAGGCAACCAGACUUGGAUCCCGGAAGUCACCCUGCUGGGGUUCCAGGUGGAGCCAGCCCUGGAGCUUUUCCUGCUUGGGCUCUUCUCGCUCUUCUAUACCCUCACCCUUGUGGGGAAUGGAGUCAUCCUGGGCCUUGUUUGCUUUGAUCGUAGGCUUCACUCCCCCAUGUACUUCUUCCUCUCCCACCUGGCCGUGGUCGACAUGUCCUACGCUUCCAACAACGUCCCCAAGAUGCUGGCAAACUUAGUGAGCCAGAGUAGAACCAUCGCCUUUGUCCCUUGCCUUAUGCAGACUUACUUGUAUCUGGCCUUUGCUCACGCAGAGUGCCUGAUUUUGGUGGUGAUGUCCUAUGAUCGGUACGUGGCCAUCUGCCACCCCCUCCAUUACUCUGUCAUCAUGAGCUGGAGAGUGUGCACGGCCCUGGCCGCCACUUCUUGGGUGUUCAGCUUCCUCUUGGCUCUGGUCCACGUGGUUCUCAUCCUGAGGCUGCCCUUCUGUGGGCCUCAUGAAAUCAACCACUUCUUCUGUGAGAUCUUGUCUGUCCUCAGGCUGGCCUGCACCGACACUAGGCUCAACCAGCUGGUCAUCUUUGUGGCCUGUGUGUUUAUCUUAGUGGGGCCCCUCAGCUUGGUGCUGGUGUCCUACACACGCAUCCUCUUUGCCAUCCUGAGGAUCCAGUCUGGGGAGGGCCACAGAAAGGCCUUCUCCACCUGCUCGUCCCACCUCUGCGUGGUUGGGCUCUUCUUUGGCAGCGCCAUCGUCAUGUACAUGGCCCCCAAAUCCCGCCACCCUGAGGAGCAGCAGAAGAUCCUUUCCCUGUUUUAUAGCCUUUUCAACCCCAUGCUGAACCCGUUGAUCUACAGCCUGAGGAAUGCAGAGGUCAUGGGCGCCCUUAGGAGAGCAGUGUGCAAGGAGAGGCCAACUUGA